GAAUGACGACCUCAAUAUAAAUAAAAAAAAAAAUAAUCAGCUUUGAAUCAGCUGAUAUAUUGCUUUGAUAUAACACAAAAAAAAAAAUUGACAUUAUAAACAAAUGUUUAAAUAUCAUCAAAUUAUUACUAAAUCAAAUUUAUCAAGUAGCUUGAAUUUUAUUAUUAGAAAAAUGAGUAUGGAUAAACCAAUUGAAACAAUGAUUAGAAAAAAAAUUGAAGAUGCAUUAAAACCAUGUUAUUUUGCUGUUUAUAAUGAAUCUUAUAUGCACAAUGUUCCAAAAGGAGCUGAGACACAUUUUAAAGUUGUUGUUGUGUCUGAAAAAUUUGACAAUCAAACUUUGAUUAAAAGACAUAGAAUAAUCAAUGGAUUGCUUGAAGAUGAAUUAAAAAAUGGUGUUCAUGCAUUGUCCAUUGAGGCUAAAACACCAGCACAAUGGGAAGAGAGUAGUAAAAUAGUAUCACCUAGUCCAACAUGUCUUGGUGGAUUUAAAAAAUAAAAUAUCAAUUAAAAUAUUAUAUUUAUCAGUUUAAUUAUUUAUUUUGUA